CAAAUAUAUCCUUUUUCCAUGGGACAGAGAAUUGGGCAGAGCAGGACUGAGGAGCAACUGAAUCUACACGGCAGCCUCACUCUCAGUAACUGGACUGUGUGGGUACUCUGUGCCAGACAUGCGUGGCUUCAGACUCAUCAUGAUACCAGCUUGUCUUCUUUGCUACUUCCUGCUGCACUCUGUGGAUGCCAUUUCAUACAGAAAGCAGACAAACGCCUCAGCACCUCUUGUCUCAGCCUUGGGAUCCCAACCACCCUCCUCAUACCCCUUUUCCUGCCAGGCCCUGCUCCCGAAGUCCCUACCUGGCUUCACCCACAUGGCCCUUCUACCCAAGUUCCUGGUAGGCCUGGCUCUAAGGAAUGCCCUGGAGGAAGCUGGCUGCCAGGCUGAUUUAAGGACCUUGGAGCUUCAGCUCUACCGCUGGGGUGGUCUGAAGGCUACACAGCUCCUCAUCCGCCACCUUCAAGGGCUCCAGAAAGGAGGAAGCACAGACAGCAGUGUGUCGUUAGAAGCCCUGGCCUCUGCGCUGCGGCUGUUAGCCAAGGAGCACUGGAAGAGGGUCCGGCGCUCCCCCCACACCAAGGACUGUGAGAAUACGAGGGAGGAGAGCGUCCACAAUGUCAUCCGGCUGUUGCCAGGAGUGGGAACCUAUUACAGUAUGGGCACGGCUUUGUAUUAUGCAAUUCAGAAUUGCUUGGAUAAGGCCAAGGAACGAGGUAAAGAUGGUGUCAUAGAUCUGGGUUAUGACCUUCUGAUAUACAUGGCUGGAAUGUCAGGGGGGCCCAUGGGCGUAGCGGUCAGCGCUUCGCUUAAACCAGCAUUGAAGGCGGGGAUAGAGCGCUUGAUCCAGUAUUACUAUGAAGAGAAAGCGGCAGGCACACUUCAGCCAGCAACCAGCAGGGCAGAGCUGUGGACCACCUCCUCUGUGAGUGAUUCGGAGGAAACAGUGACCACAGCUCCUCUCACAUCCCAAGAAGCAAGUCCAGCUCCCUACUGGGAGUGGGCCUUAUUCAACAGCCAUGGGCAUGUUGCAGUGUGAAGGUGGUAACCAGAGAAUGAAUAAAUCAGACAUUCUGAUGUGCUGUAUAGAAUUGGUGUAUGCUCAAGAUACAGAUUUCAGGGAUGGGGUGGAAUCCAAAUCUCUGAUUUGUUAUCCAGAAAGAAGGCACUGCUGUAAAAUGUAUGAAUUUCAAAGUCUGGGCUAUGGGAUGAGAAGAUUUGGCUUGGAAUCCAGUCUCUACUUGUUAGAAACUAAGUCAUCACUGACAAGUCACUUCUUUCUUGAAGCUCAAUUUUUAAAUAUCUAAACGGGGAGAUGAUUCUUGAGCUGAUCAGGUUGUUGUGAUAAUUAAAAACAGUAUUAUAAACUGGGUUGGUGGCGCACACCUGUAAUCCCAGCCCUCGGGAGGCUGAGGCAGGAGGAUCGCUUUGAGUUCGAGACC